AUGGACCCAAUUAAAUACAUUUUUGAGAAACCUGCUCUUAUUGGAAGGAUUUCCCGUUGGCAGUUGUUAUCAGAAUACGACUUGGUUUAUGUUACACAGAAGGCUAUCAAAGAAAGCGCACUAGCAGAGUAUUUGGCCCAACAACCUAUAAAAUAUUAUCAAUCAAUGCAUUUUGAAUUCCCCGACGAAGGCAUAAUAACUUUGUUUGAAGAGGCUGGAUCAUUUGAUAAAGAAAAAUUGAUGUUGGUGUUUGAUGGUGCUUCUAAUGCAUUACGACAUGGAAUUGGGGCCAUUUUGAUUUCCUCAAAAAACCAUUUCAUUCCAUUUACUGCUAGAUUGUGUUUCGAUUGCACAAACAAUAUUGCAGAAUAUGAGGCAUGUGUCAUGGGCAUUAUAACAACCAUUGAAUCAAAAGUAAAAGUUCUUGAGGUAUAUGGAGAUUCAUUGUUUGUCAUCCAUCAGACAAAAGGAGAGUGCGAAACUUGA